GCGUGAGCACGUCGGCGGGAGGGCGCGCGACACUGCACCGCCCCUCCCUUCGCGGCGCCUGCUCUGUAGAGCCGGCGGAACCGGGUAGCUUGGCCAGGUGUGAGGGACCGCGGCGCGCCGCAGGACCGGACCGCUGAGCCUGCAGCCGCCCCGCGCCGUGACCUGCGACCCUAGACCCCGACUCCCUUUGGCUCAGCCCGCGCGCCCCAGGCCCGGCCCGGGCGGCGCGACGGGAGGAUGAGCGGCGGGCGGCGGAAGGAGGAGCCGCCUCAGCCGCAGCUGGCCAACGGGGCCCUCAAAGUCUCCGUCUGGAGUAAGGUGCUGCGGAGCGACGCGGCCUGGGAGGAUAAGGAUGAAUUUUUAGAUGUGAUCUACUGGUUCCGACAGAUCAUUGCUGUGGUCCUGGGUGUCAUUUGGGGAGUUUUGCCAUUACGAGGGUUCUUGGGGAUAGCAGGAUUCUGCCUGAUCAAUGCAGGAGUCUUGUACCUCUACUUCAGCAAUUACCUACAGAUUGAUGAGGAAGAAUAUGGUGGCACGUGGGAGCUCACGAAGGAAGGGUUUAUGACCUCUUUUGCCUUGUUCAUGGUCAUUUGGAUCAUCUUUUACACUGCCAUCCAUUAUGACUGAUGGUGUACAGCUCCCAAGUGCUCCCUAUCCAGUCCAAAGGACCCUCUUGAUUACAGCACAGGAACUUGAUCGUUGGGGAACCCCAGCCCCUUGGAACUUGGAAGACCCGUGUUUCCUGGACCGUGAAUCAGUAUGUUGGGCAUCAGUGUUUUCUGCAAGGGUUGUGACCUGAAACUUUUUAAAAACCACCCACCUUUGGGGAAGCAUUUCUGAAUUUAUCCAUCACCAACCAUUUCUUCUUGGAUACCAUCAAGUAACAGCUGUUUGCCAAGUGGAGCUGUCAUUUAAUUUGAUGCACCUCUGGAUUCAGAUGAAACAUUAAAUUGUCUUCCUCGAUUCUCCAUCGGGUGUACAGUUUUUAAACUAUCAAUGGCAUUUCAAGUCUUCUGAAACAGCAUGGCUGUAUGUGCGUGGUCCAUAGCACAGUACAGGCAGCAUCUAAUAACAGUUUCCAUUGUAGAAUGUUUUCAUAUACUUGAAUAAAUCAAAUCUUUAAUUGAGAA